GUCCCAAUCACUUUGCUGUAUCCUACUAGAUGUAGAAAGAUCUCAUGUUUUUGAAAAUUAGGCUUAAGUUCUGCAAUAGGAGCCAUAUAUGGACAACUGCGCACAAACCGAAUAGCCUCGGACAAGAAUCGUACAAAGUCUAGUUAAUUUGCAUAAUACAUGAUUAACUCAAGAAAUUGGAACAAGAAGUGUCAAAGAAUCCCACAUAUAAUGUUAUAUAGCAUGAUGAUUUUAAGUACAACGGGAAUUAUCUGAUUAACAAUUAACGACGUCUUUGAUUUAGAAGGUAUAAGAAAUGAUGUGAAUGACUGUAUUAAAGAUGUAAGUGCGGAUUGUAUAAGUACGGACAAGGUACACCAUGUCUAGUCAAUUUCUUGAGGAAAUAAAAAAUGGUUCUCAGCCAAAGGGACUCUACCAGACGAAACGUUCAAAUGGAAUCCCUCUUCAAGAUCCCAAUGUUGUACGACACUUAAAUACCAUCUACAUGCGUGCAGCUGACGGCAGGAUAUCUUCAAUUACGUCAGAGUUUCAUGACGUCACGAGGAGACGUGAAAGUCGGGGUCCACCUAUUGGUGCAACCUUGGAGGAAACAAUAGAUGCUUACAAUAAGAAAAUGCAGAUGAGUGCGUUUAAAGUGAAGCUGAUAAGUAAGAAUCCUGCUAAGUACGAAGGUGUGCUCAGAUUCUUCUUGGAGAAUGGCCACCACAGGUUGACGAAGGCUGUGCGACUGCAGAACGACACCUGUGUACGGGACUUGCUAACCCUGUUGCUCUCCAAGGUAGACGUUGAGAAUAAGCAUGAUGUCGGGAGGUGGGGGAAGUCACUUUACCAGGUGGUUGGACGAGACGAAGUCAAACUGGACCAGGACGACAAGCCACUCGAUAUCGCAGUUAACGCUAGAACUACACCACAUUUCAUACUCCGAAUGCAGAACACAGGGGCCCCGAGCGGCCAAACUCCAAUUCUCAAAAUAUCGUCUAAGAGUCGAAGCAAAUCAGCUGAGCGACCAACAAGAGGACGACUAAUGGAGGAGAAGCAAAACACCUCAUAUGAGUGUGCCUUGAAAGAUCCGCAUGAUAAUAGCGAUUAUGGAUUUCUAAAAGACAGUGAAGUAGCACCCUCGAGAAGGAACCCAGUGCAAUCUUCAUUUAGCUCGAGAAACAGUCGACUGUCUGUACGAUCAGUUCAUGAACAACAUGUUCCUCAAAACAUCACUCAGAAAGGCCCUGGUCAAGAGCCACGUGGUACUCUGAACAACCCAAGACUUGCCAAACUUGAAAGUGAACCAAUUCAAACAACCAUGUCAAACCGCUCACCUUCCGCUCAAGUCAUCAAAAGUCUGAAAAAGAAAAGACAAAAAACACCUAGAACUAAAGACAAUGGGUUUAGUAAGUCAUUUAGUCUUAGAGAAUCGAAGGCCAGAUCAAAAUCAAUGGGUAAUUUAAACAACCUUGAUCGAAUGAGUCUUAGGAAAAAGAGGAAAGGGAAAGAGAAUGAUGAACUUGAUUCGCCUAACAGAACUGAAUUAUCAGUAGAGGAGACAUUGCCAGGAAUCCUCAAGAUAUUUGGAGAAUCUAUCGCUCCAGGGGCAAAUUAUAAAAGUGUUCUUGCCUCAAGCCGUUCUACAUCUCAAGAGCUUGUGAAAGAAGCUUUAGAAAGGUAUGGCAUCUCCAAAUCAAAAGCCAAACACUAUGUACUCUGUGAUGUCAUUGGAAAAUUCGGUGAAGGAGAUAAUCCUGUUUGGGAGACUCAAUAUGAACGAACCAUUGGUGAUACAGAAAAACCAUUAAUAUUGCAAUCAUUCUGGAAACCAGGAGAAGGAUAUUCUAGAAGAUUUGAGGUUAGAGUGAAAUCUGAGCUAUUAAACAAUGAGGUAGAUACUGUGACAUCUGGACUUAAUGCCAACGCUAGGAGAAUGUUGAUAUCUCAGACCAGAAGUGAUGCUAUUCCUAACUUUGAUAGAUAUGCAACUAGGAGUCCUAGCCCAAUAGAUUCAGACCAGGUGCAUACUAUGGAAGAAAGUACCAGUUCUAAAUACUACGCCAUGUCCAGUGGUAAAGCUCAGGUGUUGGAGAUGUAUGACUUUCACGAUGGUGUACAAUCAUUACCAUCGUGCUCAACAAGUAGUGACGGCGCCCCUUCCAUUGUGACACUAAGCAGUUCAUUUGCCAUACGACCUCCAACAGAAUGUCCGUAUUUCCUCACUCUCCAAGGCAACGAUACUAAUAACGACAACAUUAUGUACAUCCUUGCAGACUCUGUAGCACUGAUAGGUCGACAAGGUGAUGCAGAAGCAAUGCCUGACAUUGGCCUAAACGACCUCGAUAUUUUACCCAAACAUUGCUGGGUGUGUAAGAAACCAAUUCCUCAACAGGAGAUAAAUGAAAACUCAUAUUAUUGUAUCGUAACUUUGGACCCAUUUCAAGGGGCAUACGUUGCAGUAAACGGUAUCCAAAUUACAUCGAUCACAGAACUGAAACAAGGGGACAUGGUCCAUAUUGGUGAAAAAUAUGUUUUCAUGUUUAAAGACCCGACACUCCCGUCUUCAACUGCCUCUACUGCUACAUGGGUGUCUGCUAAAGGCAUCCAGCAUGUUGAUGAUGUCAUUGAUGUUGCCUCGGAUGAGAUAUCCAUACCAGUACAGAUGGAGCAUGCAACUCCUGGCUCAAGGAAAGACGAGGACUCAACCAAUGCAGAAGUUCAUGAAUGGAGAAGGCAUCGUCGAGAUGAAUACAAUGCAGACCAUAAUAAACUGAAGCUGUCCUACAGGCAAGAACGUGAGGACGAGCUCCUUGAAAACAUAAUUACAUCCUAUGAUGCUGUCAAUACAAAGUUCAAACUCUUGCCAGCAUAUUUACUACCUUUGUGUGUGGAGUUUUCAUCAAUCCGCUUUGCCCAGGAGUCAACAAGGGAGCUGCUGCUGAAGAUAGCUAGCCUUGUGCAAAGUGUAGUUUGGGACAAGACUAGUCUUUUAUCAAGCAAACAUCCUGAAAAACCUCUUCGUGACUCCAAAACCGCAAUGGAAGGGAUCAUUCCGGAACUAAAGUACAUGGCCUCAUGGAUGGCCAACAGUAUCGAGCUCCUGCAUUUCUUCAGGGGUCAACUACCUACAGUAUUAUUGGAUGCCAGCAAGGCGUUACCCAGAGGGGCUCGGAUGACAUUAGUGAACGCUGACAGCGAACUGUUGGCUGUUCUAGAGGAGGCAUUUAUGUACACCUUCCAACAAACUGUAUACCAUCUAACAAAGACUAUGUACGCAUCCUUGCCAUCUGUUUUGGAUAGUAACCCUUUCAACGAAGAUGAGUUGGAAUCCAAAGACCCAUCAAGUACUAAACCAAGAGUGUCAGAGUUGAUAUAUAUCUACCAAACAACUCUAGACAUCACCAAUGUGGCACAGCUUCACAAGAAUGUUGUCUCCCAACUGUUCAGCUAUUUGUUCUUCUUCACCAAUACAGCAGUGUUCAACUCUCUUAUGACUAAAGGAUCUGGAAUCAGAUAUUAUAAAUGGUCAAAGGGUGCUUUAAUAAGAGGUAAUCUAGACAAAUUGGAGUCGUGGGCAGCUGACAAUAACCUUCAAUUAGAGUUCCAGCAACACUUCAAAAGCUUUAGCACAUUAUGCGAUCUCCUAGCAACACCAAAAGUUCACCUCACCCAGGCUGAGUGGACGAAUCUAAGACGUGACUUUUCAGAGUUAAGUCCCUCUCAAUUACAACAAGUCCUCAGCGAAUACCAACUAGGUCCCGGCAAACAGAGGCCGCGAAGUUGGUGCCCACAACCAGAGGAACUAGAAGAUGCCCUCAAUAAUGACGGUGUAAUGCUUACAUAUAACAACCACCCUCCACUUUGUAUCCCUGGACAUGGGUAUAUGGUCGAUCACACCUGGAUUGAGGACUCAGCAUUCCACGAGGCACUACAAACUAUUAAUUCAACAUUUGAUGAAGCAGAUGAUGAUCAUGACAGUGGCAUGUGCGCAGUUGAUAUGAAUAAUGAGGUAUUUGAAGAGCCAGCAAUUACGAGGCAACCUCUCGGGAGGCAAGACAAACACCUCUUCCACCAAUACAAAUACAGUUCCACAGAGUCCUUAUCGUCAGACAGACAGCAUGGACCUAUUUCCAAAACGCCAUUCACUCGAGAAUCCUUUAUUGGCAGAGAUGGGAGAAUAUUAGGCAGGAGAUCUCUGCGUGAAGACAGCAAAAGAGACCAUGAUACAAGAAAUAAUGCAAAAGUGUACGAAAACUUUCCAAAAUCAAGAAGAUCCAAUAAAAAGCAUUCAGAAGAUUUGGUUGAAAAGUGGUCAAAUGUUACAUCGGAAUUAUCGUUUCAAAAACCCAAGCACCACGUACGGUUUUCUGAUGACGUAACGACUGAUAGCUCAUCUUCUACAGUGGAUUUUGGAGAUUAUCACAGACACAACACUGGUACCAAAAAAAAUCACAGGGAUUCGCCAAAUGCUUUUAGUUCAACCAGAGAUGACUAUCAAUAUAAUAAGCUCUCAAAUAACAAUAAUAAUGAUUCAUACAUGAAUUUUCAAACUAGAAACAAUGGAAGUAAAACUGUUAGCACGCUUGGAUCACUUGUUACGGAACAACUUUCAAUUUCUGAAAGGCACAAAGAAAUAUUAGAGAAUGACAUGAUUAGCGCACCUGAUGUUUCUGUAAAAGUUUCGAGCUCUAAUGCGCAUCUGCCAGAGUCAACACAGAUUCAGAAAGAUGGAGGUGAUUAUAUUAAAUUGUUAAAAGAAAGACAAAAUGAUAGUAAGGUAUUAGCAAGCGACUCUGAUUAUUUAUGCAGUAAACAAACUCCCGAUAGUAAACCUGUUCAAAAACAGAAACCUAAAGUUCUUCCGAAGCCGAAAAUCUCGCCGAAACCGGAGAUUCCUGUCAAAUUGAAAAGACUGUCAUGGUCUGAUGGUUACCAAGCAAGUAGUGGCGGGGAAAGUAGGGGAAGUACUCCAGCACAUUAUGAAAAGGUAGAUCAUUGGGGAAAUAAAUCUGAUCCCAAAAGGAGGGUGAAAAUCUCUCCAUGUUCAGAUUCGGACUAUGCCUACAUUAGAAGUGACAGUCAAGGGAGUACUACAGCCAACAACACUAGUCGUGACAGUAACGAAACUAGUACUUGCAGUGAUCCUUAUUCGAUUCCUAAGACAAUUCCAGACUAUUUAGAAAUCUUGCCAGAGUCAGGUUGCAGACACACCGCGAGGGAUUACGUCCUUGAAAGAAUAAAAUCUGAUGACAACAUCCCCAGAAACACACGUAUUUUAUCUGACAGUGCCGCUGAUAAUAUUGAGAAUAAGACAAUUGCAGACUCUACCGAAACUAUAGAAAUUAAACUUCCAAGUCAAAAUGAAAAGUUUGCAACUAUAAGACGUACAACUGGCAAUUUAUUGAGGACAUUCAGUGACACAGGAACAUCUCAGGGACUUGACUCAUUCAAGAUCGACAAUGAAAACAACAUAUUCGAGAACAAAAACUUAAAAGAGGCCACACUUAACAAAACUGCCAAAGAACAGUAUGUAGAUAUUAUUUCUUCUAAAGAAUAUUGCGGAUCAAGAGGACUACACGUUUUACCAAUCGGUGACACAAAACAGUCCUCUCAACAAGGCGGGAAACAUGUUUCUCAUGGAGAUGACAAUUCUGAUAUGGAAGUUUAUCAUGUGAAAAUAGAUGAAGUCGACUCCUCGUCCGCCUACCCAACAGCAAGUGAGACAGAUGGUGAGACACAGGGAGUGACCGAAGAAGACAUGGACAUGCUGCUUCAUAAAGAUACAAUGACACAAGCACACGUCAGAGCAACUCAGAACGCAGAGAACAUGGGCUUUGACGUCACUGACGAUGUUCUUAUUAUUGAUUUGACCAGAAAUGAGGCUGGAUGUGGUUUGGGCUUAAUAGAUGGUUUGUACACGCCGCUGAGGGCAGCUGGAAUCUAUGUGCGGGCCAUUGUUAAAGGUGGUCCAGCUGAUAAAGAUAAAAGAUUGAGCAUUGGAGACAGGAUAUUGGCUGUAAAUGGCACUAGCAUCGUAGGGGCAGAUUAUUCAAGUGCAACAAAUGUCAUCAGAAAAGCUGGAGAAAGAUUGCGUUUCUUGGUAGCAAAGAGCAGCAAAGCAGUGGCAGAAAGUAUAACAGCGUCUCAAUACAUGUGCUAACAUUGCAAAUGUAGAUGCGCCAGUGACACCGCCACAAGAUGACGUGAAAGUGCUCGCCCAUUUGAUAUACUCCCACAUUUAGAAUGUACUAAAUACUGACAUAUGAUACUACUGCUUCUUAUAGUAACUGAUGUGAUUACUGCUGAUAAUUUCAAAUCACCAAGUGAUUGUGAAUCUUAGUUGAAUCUAAGAUAUUCAAGUAGGAAAUGUCACGAACAAAUUAUGGAUGUAUCAUUCACGUGUUAGCUACGACGUAUUGAAACCAAUUAUGUUCUACCGAAUGUUAAUAAAUCUAGGCAAACAUCUAGUUUUAGUUUUGAAUUGGGAAUAACAGAGAGAUUUCGCUCAUAGGCGAAAGCAUAACUUAUGUUUAUGGGUAUAGCUAUACGUUAUAAGAAUAAGGAUAAGUGAAUUUAAUUUUAGAGUUUCGCGAAAAGAUUUACUUAUACCUAUAGAAAUGUAUAUUCCAUUGAUGAAUUCUAAUGUUCCAAAAAUGAAUGUUUUCUCCUCCAAAUUCCUUGUUUAUAAGGUUGGCUAGAUAGUAAUGACUUCGAUUCAUGCCAAAUAUCAAUAUGAUUCCCUACCGACAACUCUAUCUAAACGAGAUAAGUAUUCACUCACUAAACAAUGUUUUGUAAAUAUUGGCUCGUAUAAAUAGAUAGAACUGUGCGACAAUUCCUCACUUGUUACAUAAAAGGUAUUUCGAAAAACAGUUAAGAUCUGCACUUUUAACCCAAACCGUUUGUGUAACUUACACUCCCCUCCAUAAGUUUGGCAACCUUAGCUUCUCAUUGAACUACUUGUUAAAGCCUC